UUACAUGUCCCCCAAAACAAUGUGGGAAGGGAUGAAGGCUCCCCAGCAAGUUCAAAUCGACUCAGAAGCUAUGCAUCAAGAGAGGAUUAAGGUCGGCCCUUUUUGUGUUCCCAAUAAUGUUGUGGACGAACCUGACUUACAGUUGAUACAAUACGUUUUUGAGCGUUUAAGUGAUAGAUGUGAAAUUUUUUCGUCGCAUCGUUCUUUUCUGUAUCAAUCUCAAUUGACCACACUUAGACCAGGGGCUCAUUUGGAUUCAUCGGUAAUAGAUUUUUUUGCUGAUAUCCUCACUGACAAUGAAAGGAGAAACAAAAGUAAAGUUUCGAAUUGGUAUCUUCCGGUGAUGUUUUCGAAAGCACUCGAUAGUGGUGAUGUAAGUUUCUUCCUUGACUUUGUUCAGCGGAAUAAUAUGAGAGACAACUACAUGUCUGAAUCGGUGGAUUGUGAGAAGAUAUUUAUUCCUGUUCAUGUUGAGAAAAAUUCAUGUGGACAUUAUUAUCUAUAUAUUAUUCAUACGAAGAAUCAGGAAGUUGAAAUAUGGGAUUCUCUAUGUGAUCGAUUUAUGGAUGAAACUAAACGCGACCAAACAACAGAGAACCUGCUGCUUGCCAUGGAUAAUCUCUUUGAAAAUGUUAUGUUCACGAAAUUUGAUAGGAGAAUGGCGAGCAAUAUCUUAUUACAGCCUAAUGGACAUGAUUGUGGUAUAUUUGUUAUUAAUUAUAUGCAACAAUCAGAUCAUUAUGUGACGCAAAAUCCCUUAUUUCAGUUUGACAGUGAUAAAGAAAGGUUGGAUUUGGCUUUAAAGUUACUCAAGAGUAACCUGAAUAAUGAACAAGAAAGACUAUAUGAUGAAGCAGCAAGAAGUUAUGCAAAAGCCCAUAGUGAAGAAGAUUUAGAUUUACGUGGAACUAAAAGAAAGUGGGUUGAAGAUGUUGGAAGAGGAGGGGCAUACAUGGAAUUGGAUGAUUCUGAUAAUACAGUGAAGAGAAAAAAUGUUCGUUUGAAAACAGAAUGUUCUAGAGGUUAUUUGUUGCCGCCAAUUGAUUUAUUGGGAGAAGAGUUUCAAAGGUAUACUCAACAAAUAUGGAAAUGGAUAACAGAAGAUGAGGUGUCAGCCAUUGGGAUAUGGGGAAUGGGCGGAGCAGGGAAAACAGCUUUGGCAACUCAUGUGCAUAACAAACUUUUAGAAGAAGCUGGUGAUGACUUUGAGCAAAUUAUUUGGGUUACCGUGUCACAUUAUGAUGAUAGCAUUUGCAAGUUGCAAAAGGCCAUUGCAAGAUCAAUUAAUUUAGACAUAUCUGAUGAGUGUGAUGUCAAAAGGAUAUCAGGGAAAUUAUUGCAUGCAUUCAAACACAUAACUAGAUGUGUCGUCAUUUUAGAUGAUGUUUGGAAUCCUAUCUAUUUAGAAGAGGUUGGAUUUCCAGUUUCAAAUAAUGGGAUUAAAUUGAUUUUGACAACUCGAUUGUGGGAAGUGUGCCAAAGUAUGAAUUGUAUGAAGAACAUAAUAGAAGUAGAACCUCUAGGCAAAGAAGAUGGUUUUGAUUUGUUUAAAAAGACUCUUGGAGUCCAUCAAAUACAACCGAUUGGGGUGGAGCCUAAAGCAAGGGCGGUGGCAAAACAAUGUGAGCGUUUGCCCCUUGCAAUUGUUAUGAUAGCAAGAAGCAUGAAGGGAAAAGAGCACAUAAGAGAAUGGGAUCAUUUGUUGGAAUGCCUUCAAAACAAGGGUGACGAGCAAUAUCAUAUGGAUGAGAGGGUAUUUCAAGUAUUGAAAUCUAGUUAUUCUUUCUUAAAUGAUAAAUUGCAAAGGUUUUUUUUGUAUUGUGCAUUUAGUGUCAGCAAGACUGUUUGGGAUAGCGAUAUUGAGCCUUUGGUUAGAAGAUUUUGCUAUGGGGAAUGGACAGAUGGGACAAAGAGCUUCACGAUGCGAUAUAAUGAAGGUUAUGCCAUGUGGCAAAAGUUAAAAAAUAGCAGUUUGUUGUUGAAAAAGAAUGGGACAUGGAGAGUGCACACUUUACUUCAGGUCAUGGCUCUUACUAUUGCAAAGAAGACUGAAAAAAUCAUGACAAAACAUGGUAUGAAUUUAAUAGGAUUGUCAGAGAAUGGAAAAUGGAAUGAAAAUUUGCAGAAUGUUUUUCUAAGUAGAAGCAACGUACCGCAAAUUUUUAAUGAUACAUCUCCCAAGUGCUCUAAACUCUCCGCAUUACUUUUAGAUUCUAAUUUUUAUCUCAAAUGGAUUCCAGAUGAUUUUUUUAUUAACAUGCCUGCCCUUAAAAUACUUGAUUUGUCUCGGACAAGCAUUGGGCAUUUGCCCAAAUCUGUAUCUAACUUGGAAUGUCUCAUUGCAUUAUUACUUUCACGAUGUGGAGAAUUGAAGUAUGUCCCUUCAUUAGCAAAACUGCGGCGUUUAAUAGAGUUGGACCUUUCAUGUACUGCAAUCAGUGAAGAACCUUGUGGCUUGGAAUUGUUGGUCAAUCUUGAAUUGUUGAAUCUAGAAGGUACAGGUGGGUUCACAAUCUCAUCAUCAACAAUAUCCGAAUUGACCAAUCUACAGUCUCUGUUGAUGAGGUGCCACUCAACGUCAAUGGAUCUACGAGGUUUGAGAAAGCUGAAAGUUAUAUCAGUCACUUUUUGUGAUAUUGAAAAGUUUAAUGACUUUGUUAUAAGUUUCCUAGAUGAAGAUCGCGGACUCAAAGGUUAUUAUCUAAGUUUAGUCAUACCACCUUGUGAUGAUGAUGAUUCACUUGAUGAAGAAGCCUGCCACUUGAAAAGGGUGUUUUUAUGUGGUAUUGAUUGGGCAAAUAGAGUAGCGGUACUUCCAGGAGACGUCAAAGAGUUGAUUAUAAGCGAGUGCGACCAUUUGACAAGGACAACUUGCCUUUGCUGUGCUUUAUCAGUCCAAAAAAAUAAUAAUAAUUUACCAAAAAUUGAAUGGUUCGAAAUAAGGGCAUGCGAUGAGCUGGAGUACUUGUUCUGUGGCACUCCCACUUGCUCAUUUUGCGCCUCUGUCAUGUUAGUUGAAAGGCUGUACCUUGAUGAGUUGAAAAACUUGACACAAAUAGUGAUGCCACUUCCUCUGUCCUUGAAUAGCCUGUUCCUUUAUCUCAGAGAACUCCAUAUUCAGGAAUGUAGCGGAAUGACGAUUCUGAUGACGUCAGAAUUAUUAGCACAGCUCCAAAACCUAGAGACUAUUUCUGUUGCAGAUUGUGAGUCGAUGGAAGAAAUAAUUAGAGAGAAUGGCGAGGGACCAUGCUCUGUCCUUCUCUCCAAUGUUUUGAGGCCCGAUACUGUGAGAAACUAA